AUGACGGUGAUCGAGGAGGUGCCCACAACUCAAGAAGACCCAGCGACCCAAGAAGACCCGGAACCCGGCGACUCCAUGUGGACCAUCCUGUCGGAUGCGAUUGAUGAGUGCAUUGGGGUAAAGGGAAGGCCGGAUCGACUGGUGAACUAUUCUUACUUCUUCUUCCUCUGUUUAACUGUCAGUAUUUGCCUGGUGUGGAGCGUAAUUCCAGAUUCAGCGACUCUAGCUCCUGGAGAGUCGAAGCCCGGUCUCAGCCAACUGACUCUCUCACUGAACCAGGAUGCCUUCCUGAACAACGGCUACGUUCUCAAACAUAACACUUGGAUUAUCAAGCUUCUCGUAGGCCUAUUCGCCGCCUGCAUUGUAGCCUUGGUAUUUCUCAUCACCCAUAUUGGCUCGGCCCUCACCAAUGACUUGAAGACCAAGAAAGAGAAGUAA